AUGGAGGCGGGAGGGGCUGAGCUGCUGGGCUCUGGGCGGCUGCCAGCUUUGACCUGUCACCGUCCGUGCCACUGUCAGGAUUUGUCUAGCAGGGGUGUGUUGGGGGGAGCCCUUUUUCCGACCAUCAAAAUGGUUAUCAAAGUCUUUGUUGCCACAUCUUCUGGGUCCAUAGCGAUUAGGAAGAAACAGCAAGAAGUAGUGGGCUUUUUGGAAGCUAAUAAAAUCGACUUUAAGGAAUUAGAUAUAGCCGGAGACGAAGAUAAUAGGAAGUGGAUGAGAGAGAAUGUACCUGGAGAGAAAAAACCUCAAAACGGGAUUCCUUUGCCCCCACAGAUCUUCAAUGAAGAGCAAUAUUGUGGGGAUUUUGACUCUUUCUUCUCUGCCAAAGAAGAGAAUAUUAUAUAUUCAUUCCUUGGCUUGGCUCCCCCUCCUGGCUCAAAGGAAACAGAGAAGGCUGAAGAAAGUGGAGAAAAUGAGGUGAAAAAAGAGGAUGAGGAAGAUGGAGGCAAUCUCUCCGAAUCCCAAGAGAAGCAUGAAGAAGAUGGAGAGACAGCAUCCAAAGAGACUGAAGAAACAGCCAAGGAGGGAGCAGAAGGAGAAGCAGAGGAAGCAGAGGACGAAGCUGAAAAAGGAGAAGAAGACCCAGGAGAAGAAGAAGAUGCAUAGACCUUUUCAUGCUUUAUUUCUUCAAGUUUUCCAG